AUGCAACAUAAACCAAUUCUAGUAGGAAAGCCAUCGUAUCUGGAUCGCUCGGCAGUGCCUAAUAUGUCUAUUUCCAAUGCUGAAAACCUCAGUAAAGACAAUACUUCAAGUCUUAAACAGCCAAGCUUGAAGUCAUUAUCGGCUACAAAAAAGAAGGCAAUGUCUGAGAUAGAAAAGCUUGAAAUGGAUAACCAGCGGAUGGAGGAGCGUUUGCGUGAGUUUCGUGAAAGUAUCAGUCGCCAAAAAGCCAAACGAGCCAUACCAGCAAAUCGUGAGUCACUUUGGUCAGGUGGAGAUACCACUCGAGGUUCACUCACCCAAUAUGCUAGUGAUGUUCUUGUCAAGAAAAAUGCUGCAAUCAAGGCAAAAAGGUUUUCUGGAGUAGCUCAGGAAGCGGACGAAAAGCGAAAAGCGCUUGAUCAAAUUCAUCGUCAUCAACCAUCUAUUAUGGGAGUUGAGCAAACUAUGCAUCUGAAGCAAAACUGUUCGAUGAGUUCAAGCCCAAUACCAGUUCCUCCUCAAUCGGAUCGACCACAAAAACCUACUGGUGGUCGUCGUACUCCACAACGUCUGUGGAAAGUGGACAACAUUAUACAACAAUCGGAUACAUCAACGAAUCAGGCUGAUACUAUGCAAAAGCUUGAAUCUCGACUUGACGAUAUAAAGCUACGCGACUCUGAUGCAUCAACCCCACUUGUAUCACUUCCCAAUGAUCUAUUAUGUGACGGAUGGGCGGACACAACCCAUAACACUCGUCCUCGUCGUCAAUAUAUUCCACCUACUUAUAUCAAUCAAAAUCUACAACAUUCAGACAUUUCUACCUCGGCAUCUUCAGUCAAUGACACUCAACCACACACUGGAAUCAAUUUGGCCACAAGUCAACGACACGUUUCAUUUAAAGAAGAGAUGAAUGAGACUCAUGAGUAUACUGAUUACGUUUUGGAUGAUUCGAAUCAUGAUCUAAUGUCUGGCAUCCAGUCAGACCAAUCCAUCACUAAAUUGGAAGCGCAAUCAUAUAUGGGAGGCUCAAGUUUAUUUGACGGUGAAUAUGACGAAGAAGCCAAUCAAACUGCAUUUUUGAAUGCAUUACUAGAAUGGAGAAAUGAGGGGAAACAAAAAGAUCCAGCUCAUGCCUUAUCGUCACACAAUCAGCCAAUGAUUUCAAAAAAUAUUGAUGCUACGAAUACUGAACUCUCGACGCCUAAAGGCACAUCUACUGCUCCCGUAAAAAAACUAACAAUCGAAGAGCGAGUUUUGCAGGUUAAAACCCAGUUAAAAACACCAAAUAGACCAACUACUGGUUCAGAAGGAAUGUCGUAUAUGGACAAACUACUUCUCUCUGAAAUGCGUCAACGAAGCAGAACACAGAGCGAGCCCAAACUGACUUUAGAAAAAACUGACCAAGUUUUUGAUGACCUAAAAAAAAUAGACGGCACUGAUGAUGAAGAAGACAUGGAUGACGAUGCAGUGUUGGAAAUGAUCAGAAACUAUCAGAUUCGUAAAUCUGUAAAAAGCCAGCUACAAACACCUCCAACUCGGACUGUAAAAAGCAAUUUAGGCGACAUCGUUAUACAAGAUAUAACACACAAAGAAGAGGAAGAGAUUCUCAAAUCACUAGACCAAGGUCGAGUGGUUGAAAUUAUACCUAUUACCAGUCCUCUAGUUAUUAUGCCUGAUGAUCAAUAA